CAUAUGUUUAAUAAACAUUAGAGGAUUUUAAGCAGACUCUAACCACUUCCUUAACCAACCUUCCAUCAUUAUAAAAACACAACACCAAUCAAUCAAUCACAAAACACACACCAUUCAUUCGCCAAUUCACAUUCUUUCUUCGCAUUCAUUCAUCACAAAUGGCUCUCGAGAUCGCUGCCAAGGCCGCCGUUGGUGCUCCGACUAUUCUCGGAGAUUGUCCAUUUUCACAAAGAGUGCAGUUAACUUUGGAAGAGAAGAAGAUCGCGUACCAUACUCACCUGAUUGAUGUAUCUAACAAACCCCAAUGGUUUUUGGAAGUGAGUCCAGAAGGGAAGGUUCCGGUGGUUAAGUUUGAUGGAAAAUGGGUUCCUGAUUCUGAUGUUAUUGUGGGGAUUCUUGAAGAGAAAUACCCUGAGCCAUCCUUUGUUACUCCUCCUCAAUUUUCCUCAGUUGGAUCUAAGAUAUUUGGGACUUUUGUGAGCUUUGUGAAGAGCAAGGAUUCAAAUGAUGGAACAGAGCAAGCCUUGGUUGCUGAACUGAAUGCUUUGGAGGAACAUCUUAAGGCCAAUGGUCCAUAUGUUGCCGGUGAGAAGGUCACUGCUGUUGAUUUGAGUUUGGCACCAAAACUUUACCAUGUAGUGGUUGCACUUGGCCACUUCAAGAAUUGGACUAUUCCUGAGAGUUUGACACAUGUUCACAACUACAUCAAGCUUCUCUUCGCUCGCGAAUCAUUUGAGAAAACCAAGGCUGCAAAGGAAUACGUCAUUGCUGGAUGGUUACCAAAGGUCAAUCCAUGAAGUAGCUCGAAACUAUGAGUUUAAUGAACAACACCAGCCAUGCACUAUGAUUGAAGGUUGUUAAGAAUUAAGAACAGUAUGUUGUAGCUUAUCAUUUUCAAUGGUUGAAUUAGUAUGUUGUUAUCUUCUAUAAUAAAUGUGUGGUUUAUUCA